UAUCAAUAUAACUUAAAUAUUGUUUGAGUGAGGCAUCUCAUUAUAAUUGUUUCCCACUGACUUCUAAAAAUAGGUGGGGGAGAUCGACAUAGGAAAGUAACAGAUCAAAAGAUCCAUUUCAGAUUCAGAUUUUCAAUCUCCACAUCGAAAUGUCGUCGUUUAUCAAAUUGGAUGAUUCUCCCAUGUUCCAGAAGCAGAUGCGUUCACUUGAAAGGACAACAGAUGAGUUAAAAGAUCGCUGUCAAAGGCUAUACAAAGGAUGCAGAAAAUAUAUGGAAGUUCUAAGUGAAGCUUGCAAUGGAGAUAACAUAUUUGCCGAAGCUUUAGAAACCUUUGGAGGAGGCCAAGAUGAUCUACUUAGCGUAUCUAUAGGAGGUCCAGUCAUCUCCAAGUUCAUCACAACAUUCCGUGAGCUUGCAACUUUUAAGGAGCUUCUUCGUUCACAGGUUGAGCAUGUGCUAGUUGAUCGUCUUGCAGAGUUUUUGUCUGUUGAUCUUCAAAAUGCAAAGGAGUCACGUCGUCGAUUAGACAAAGCUUCAUAUUCCUAUGAUCAGGCACGUGAUAAGUUCACUUCUCUAAAGAAGAAUGCUCGUGAAGAAGUUGUUGCUGAGCUCGAAGAGGACCUACAAAAUUCCAAGUCAGCAUUUGAGAGAAGCCGUUUCAAUCUAGUAAGUUCCCUCAUGAAUAUUGAAGCCAAGAAGAAGUACGAAUUCUUGGAGUCGUUCAGUGCCAUUAUGGAUGCUCAUCUAAGAUAUUUUAAGCUGGGCCAUGACUUGUUCAACCAAAUGGAACCAUUCAUUCACCAGGUGUUGACGUAUGCCCAACAAUCUAAAGAACAAGCAACUGCUGAGCAAGACAAACUUGCUCAACGAAUUCAGGAGUUCAGGACUCAAGCAGAACUGGACCAGUUACGAGCAUCCAGCAAUAUUGGGGCCUCAACAACUGCUGUUGGAAUUAAUGGUGUUGGGUUGAAUUCUGACAAAAACAUAGAAGCAAUUAUGCAGUCCACUGCUACAGGGAGGGUUCAGACAAUCAAACAGGGAUAUCUCUUGAAAAGAUCUUCAAGUUUGAGAGCAGACUGGAAGAGGCGUUUUUUCAUCCUAGACAGUCACGGGGAGCUGUAUUAUCACAGACAAAACGAAACCAGAGUAGGGGGAUCUCCAUCAUAUCAGUCUCUCACUUCGACGGAACACCAUGGUCGUGUGUUUGGUAGGUUUCGAGCAAGACACCAGAGGUCAUCGUCCAUUGGUGAAGAAAGUUUGGGAUUACGGACUGUUGAUCUUCGUACUUCAACUAUAAAGCUUGAUGCUGAUGAUACUGAUUUACGACUAUGUUUUAGAAUCAUUUCCCCCGCAAAAACUUACACGCUACUGGCUGAAACAGAAGCAGACAGGAUUGAUUGGGUAAACAAAAUACAAGGGGUUAUUGCUUCCCUUUUGAAUUCUCAGCUGCGACGGCUGAAUUCUGGGGGUAAUGAGUAUAACAAUACCUCUUCUGGGUCACAUAAUGAAAGCGCACUAGCUGAUCAGAAUAUUAAUCGAGCAGAUAAUGUGUCUGGGUUCCUUAGAGAAAUUCCGGGUAAUGACAUAUGUGCAGAAUGUGGUGCUCCUGAUCCUGAUUGGGCAUCUUUAAAUCUUGGUAUAUUGAUGUGCAUUGAAUGCUCUGGUGUUCAUCGCAACCUUGGUGUUCAUAGAUCAAAGGUCAGGUCCAUAAAUCUCGAUGUCAAGGUUUGGGAACCUACAAUGUUGGAUUUAUUUUGCACUCUGGGUAAUGCUUUUUGUAACUCUAUCUGGGAAAGUCUUCUUCAAGAAGACAGGACUAAUGGCUCAAAUGCUUCAAUAGCAGUCAAAAAACCAAAUCCUCAAGAUGGAAUUCAACAGAAGGAAAUAUACAUUCGAGCAAAGUAUGGUGACAAGGUACUUGUCAAGAAAGAGGCUACCGUGUCAGGUUUUAAUUCUGCUGUCAAAAUCUGGGGAGCAGUUAACACGAACAACUUGCAGGAAGUAUAUCGCCUCAUUGUAACAUCAGAUUCAGAUAUUAUUAAUACUACUUAUGAUGAAGUGGCCGGUACCAUUUCUUCUCAGUAUUCUCUAGACCAUGACACACAAAAAGAUAUUGGCAAGGAGAAGGAAGAGUAUGAUCUGAUUAACAGUCAGACACAGGAAUUAUCCACCGAGUCUGGAAAAAGUCAUCAAGGUUGGACACUGUUGCAUGUAGCCUGUAGCUCUAGAAAUUUUGUGAUGGUUGAGCUACUACUGCAGUUUGGUGCUGACAUAAACAGGUCUGAUUACCGCGGAAGGACUCCUUUACACCAUUGCAUUUGCUCUGGGAACAACGAACUGGCAAAGUUUUUGCUUAGGAGAGGCGCACGAGCAUCAAUUAAAGAUGAUGGAGGUUUGGGUGCUUUGGAGAGAGCUAUGGAAAUGGGAGCAAUCAGUGAUGAAGAGCUAUUUGUAUUGCUUUCAGAGAGCAUGUGAAACUGAAAUGUCCAAUAUAUGUUUUUACCUUGUUUGGCUCCCAUUUAAUAUGCCCCCAAACUUCCAAAAUGUAUUGUAUGCGCUAAAACUUUUUUCGAAGUGUACUUUAUUCA